AUGUCAACGAUGUCAACGAAAUCACAUGAGGAUCAGCUGAGGCGGUGCAGGAAGGCUGAUCUGCUGGAAAUGCUCACGGCGAGUGCGACUGAGGGCUCAGACUGCGGUGAUCUGCGCGCGUGUACCAAGGAAAUGCUAAUCGAGAUACUCCUCGAGAAAGACGGGCUCAGAGACAGGCGCUGUGUUCAUCCCGUCAGUCUCUCUUCCGAAGACGAAUACGAAGAUGGAUACUCAACCAAGCCCCUCAGCGUUAGCAACGUUAACUCCCAAAGCUCAGGUGCAACUGCAAAGCGCACACGCGCAGCCAAGCGCAAGGCCAUGAACAAAAUAAGCGUGGAGUCUCUCAACAACUCCUCCCAGCCUCAGAAUAGAUAUCAGUUGCGCACGCGUACAAUCUCAAUUGACUCAUCACAUACACCCGACGAGGACUUUGCAAAGAGCGUGUCCCUAAUGAGCAUAGCAGAUAGCGAGAAAGAUUCUGCCGCUACCGCAAGCUCUAGCAAUCACUCUAGCGAUGCUGAGAAUAGAGAUAUGCGCGGCGUCCGCCAAUCCGAUGACGUUAGCGAUACGGAUAUAGACGUGGAUAUGCGCGAUGAGACCGUAUCAUCUCUGAAACGGUAUCUGAAGCGACAACUGGAACAAAUGUGCAAUGUCUCAGGGAUAGAGCAUUCAAAACACCACACUAAAGAUGAUCUGAUUGAAUUACUUCUGUUGCAUAAGGAGGAUAUGCAUAGUGUUCCCGUAUCAUCCGCUUCAGAAAUCAGCUCUACCACUGCUGUGUCGGAUUUCGAGGAGAACGCCAGCAUCGAUAGCGACCUGCACACACCCAAACCACAGAAAAAACGCUCUCGCCAAGGUCGAGGUACGAAACCUACACGCGCUGUGCUGUCAGACCUUUCAAGCACUGUUACAGCUCGCCAGAGUGACACCACCGAUGUCUCUAAAGCUACUCCCAAACCAGGUCAUCGUUCGAGCAAUACUAGCGAAGGACUGGCGUUGGAUUUACAGGAACUUGGAUUAGUCAAUAAGGAAAUCAAGGCUACGAUAGUGGAAAAGAAAGAAAGAAUAGGUUCUGGUGGUUUCAAAGAUGUUUACGUAGGAUCAAUCCGCAAGAAAAAGUGCGCAGUGGCAGAUAUACGUGGAGAAUUAACCGAGAUGGAUAUCAGAGAACUUCAAGUACUGUCAAAAUUAAAUCAUCCCAAUAUUGUCAAGUUUAUAGGCGUCUCAGUGCCUGGAAAUGGUGCACCAGUGAUGCUGAUCAGUGAAUUAUGCAAGAAUGGCGAUUUGUUCGACUACCUCCGCAACAAUCCACCCCCAACGAACAAGAAAGCCUUACUUAUUAUGCUUGACAUUGCCAGAGGGCUGGAGUAUCUACAUAUCACAUGCAAGCCGCAAGUCAUACAUCGUGAUAUGAAGUCGAGUAAUGUGUUGAUAGACGAUAAUGGUAGAGCUAAGUUAAAUGAUUUCGGUCUGGCAAGAGUGAAGCAGAGUACCAGAUCUAUGAUCCAGUCUCUAGUCGGCACUGUCAACUGGCAGGCUCCUGAGUUGUGGUCGGCUAAGCCUUCGUAUACUGCCUCAGUUGAUAUUUUUGCUACUGCUCUCGUGUAUUGGGAGAUAUUGCAGUGGCAUAGUACUAAAAAAUGCUAUCCCUGGGAAGGUCAAAAUGAGCAUUUCAUCUAUGAUCAGGUAGGACAAAAGCAUAAAAGACCGUCUCUGAAUCAGUUCAAGAGGCAGUGGGGUGGUGAUGUUCUUGACCUCAUCGAACGUAUGUGGGUGCAAGAUGGUAAACACCGCCCAAGUGCUACAGAAGUAGUGCAGGAAUUAGACGCAAUUAUCAAGAAUACCGCAUAA